AGGGCGGCGAGGCCGCCCCACCCGUCGGGGCGGGCUCGGGCAGGCCAGGUGAGGCGGUACCGGCGCUGCCUUUCCCUCCUCGUGUAGCGUCCCGUCCCGUCCCGUCCCGUCCGGCCGGCGCUGCGGGAGCCGGCGGCAUGGCGGAGUCCCAGGUGCUGCUGCUGGACGAGCUGCACGUCAAUGAGAAGGUGACGGAGGCCCAGGCCCGCUUUUACUACAGCGAGGAGCAGCGCCGGGCCCUGGAGGCACUGGUGACCCGGGGCGAGGCGGCCUACCGGGAAGCGCUGAGGAAGGAGCAGCUCCGCGACUUUCUUUCCAGCCGGGAGCUGCAGGCCCUGCGGAGCGGAUGGCGGGGGUACGACGACCCCGCGGAGAGUGGCAAGGUGGCGAGGGGGCCCGGCGGAGAGACCCUCUCGCUGGCCUACUGGCCCGAGUGCUCGGACACAGAGGUGCCCCCGUUGGACUUGGGCUGGACUGACAAGACCUUCUACCGGGGCAUCAGCAGGGUGGCCCUCUUCACGCACCCCCGCAAGGAGGAGGGUGCGCCCCACCUGAAGGAGGUUGUGCGGGAGAUGAUCCAGCAGGCACAGAAGAUUAUCGCAGUAGUCAUGGAUGUAUUUACAGACCGGGACAUCUUCCGCGAUAUUGUUGAUGCAGCAUAUAAGCGCUGGAUCCCAGUCUAUAUAAUCCUAGAUGAGGAGGGUGUGAAGCUUUUCCUGGAAAUGUGCAGAUGCCUUGACCUCAGUGACUUACAGAUCCGGAAUAUCCGUAUACGUUCUGUGACAGGAGUUGGGUUCUACAUGCCAGCAGGGAAGAUCAGAGGCACACUGGCAUCCCGAUUUCUGAUGGUGGAUGGUGAAAAGGUGGCCACUGGAUCAUACAGCUUCACAUGGAGUUCAUCGCACAUUGACAGAAACAUCCUGCUAGUCUUGACAGGACAGCAUGUGGAGAUGUUUGACAUAGAGUUUCGUGAGCUCUACGCCAUCUCAGAGGAAGUUAAUUUCUACAAGGAACUGGGUAUUGCUAACCCAUUCCUUCUUGGAAUUGGGAAGCCAGGCCUUCGUUCCUCCACUGUGGCUCGGAAGUUCAUUAACCCCAAGUAUGGUUUAGUGGCAGGGGCAACCCGUGGUGAUAUGAUGCUCUGGGCUUCACGACACAGGCAAGAUAAUCAGGGGAACAUGGAAAAGGAGGAAUCAAGUGAGUCAAAGAAGCGGUUAAAUCAGUUUCUGAAUGACUUAGUCACAUUGGAGCAAGAGUUCCCAGAAAUUGAUCCACCACUGGAGAACUUGAACAAACUGAAUCGGAGCCCUCAGAAACUGUUGUCCCGGCUCCACAUGGACCUGAAAAAUAAAUCCAAAUCCAGAGAGUCUAUUCGUGAUGUGAAGAAAGAAGAUGCACAGGCCAAUUCAAAGCAAGGAAAACGGUUUGCCAGUGGGCUUUUCAGUCGCAAGGCCAAACGGUCUCCAGGCUCAAGUAUUGAGGCCAACUCUUUUGCCAGUGAAGGACAUUCAGGAGAAGAUCUUGGGAACAUGAAACUGGAAUAUGAGCAGCUCAGCAUUGGCCGUGCCAGUGUUCGGAGCACCGGAGGCAUCUCAGGUAACAUGGGUCCAAACUCCACUAUGAGCGAUAAAAACAAACAAUCUACCUGUGUGUUAUCUUGAUUGGGAAGGGUUGUCUGGAGAACUGAAGACUGAACAAGCUGGAACAGUAACCUCUUGAUUGCUUUUGAACCUACAGCCAUAUACUUAUGCAGUGGUCUGUAAAGCCACUGCGUGGUCCUGGGUGCACCUGGCACCCCCCAGUUAAAGCACAUUUACUGGGUGAAGCAUAGACUUUGGAUGGUUGGUCCCUAAAAUGAGAGUGAUGAAUGUAUUAGUCCAUAUGUCUGUGUGCACACAUAUUUUAUAUAUAAAAGCAACUGUGAUGACUGGUCUCAGAGCCUGCUCUGUGUCCAGAUAAAUGCAGAUUUUCUGACUUAGUUGUGCUGCUACUUCAGUCUGUCUAGCUACAGACUCAGAGUGACUAUGUUGCAUUGUUUACUGCACUGCAAAAAUGUAUUGGUCUGACUGCCUGGAAGGCUAAAUCCGAUCGAAGUGGCAAAUUCUGGGUGAAAUAAGAAUGUUUACAGACAGCGUAGUAAUCCUUUGUCCACAAGGAGUCUUCCUGUAGAUUCUCGUUGUCACCUACCCACACAGAAAUGAGUGGUCUGGGAGAAGGGUUUAGUGGAGUCCAACAGAUUAGUAUCUUAACUGUAUAUAGCAGUCAAACAAAGUGAUUUAGCAAGAAUGUAGUUAAGAAUAAAAAUGGAUGUUUAACCUGCAGCUGAGACUGGGUCAAGAGAAAUGCCUUAAAAGGGAGACUGGGCAGGAUCUGGGAGCAAUAAUGGAGCUUUGAGUGGCUGUUACAAAAUCCUGUUUGUUGCUAAUUCAGCAACACUUUACCAUUCAUGGAAACUGAAUGAUUAAGGAGCAGGUCUUUGAGGAUUGAAAGAGGAAGCACAGGAGGCAUACAAGCUUUUCAAAUGUUUCUUUUUUCUUUUUUUU